CAAAUAGUGAGUGGAGGGUACACAGGUUUCUGCGGUAAAGAAACAGAAAAAGUAAAAGAGUUAGUAGCGGUAAAAGCUACAACCGUACAACCUUCCCAGUGCAGGCAGGAAUUGGCUUCAGAAACCAACUCCUCUAAAAUAUUUUUCAAUAAAUAAAAAACAAGAAACGUUUCUCUUUUGUUUUUUACAGUCUUUUUAAUGCACUCUUCUCUUUAGUUUAUGGGUUUCCGUAGAAGUGUCAGAGACAAGAGCUGCCACAGAGGCAGCUGAGCUGCAGCAGCAGAAGCAACAGAGAGGUGCAGUGAUAAUAUGAGCAGAGAGAAAGAGAAAGGGAUGGUGUCAGCAUUAUAAUCAGAACCAUUAGUUUUAUCCAUGGACAGAAGAUUCUGCAGGCCAAUGGUCCCUGAAAUAAAUAUACCUACUCUGCUCUUCUCCAAGCUCUCUAGUAAUAAUAACAAGUGAUGACACCCACCACCGCUUCCCCACACACACACACACACACACACACACAGGGCACCUGCUUUCCCUUUUCAUUUCUGCAACUGUCUCUCCUUCACUUCACUGUUCUUUCUGAAGGAGCUCUUUUCCAUUUCUCUGUUGUCUGCUGUUCGAUAAUUUCCCUCCUCCUCCUUCUUCUUCUUCUUCUUCUAAGAUGAUGAGUGGAACAAACAAGUUUCCAUUCACCGCAUCUCAGUGGCAAGAGCUUGAGCAUCAAGCACUAAUCUUCAAGUAUAUGGUCUCAGGCAUUCCCAUUCCAACUGAUCUUCUCUUCACCAUAAAGCGAAGCUGCUUGGACUCCCCACUCUCUUCAAAGCUUUUUCCCCGCCAACAUUCACAUAUUGGGUGGAGCUGCUUCCAAAUGGGUCUAGGGAGGAAAAUAGACCCAGAGCCAGGGAGGUGCAGGAGAACAGAUGGAAAAAAAUGGAGGUGCUCAAAAGAAGCAUACCCAGAUUCCAAGUACUGUGAAAGACACAUGCACAGAGGCAAAAACCGUUCAAGAAAGCCUGUGGAAGUUGCAACACAACCAGCGACAGCCAACCCAUCAAUAACACCAACCAUCUCAUCAAUCACCAAGAACCACUCUACUUUACUAACCCCACCUUCUCAUUCUCUUUCUUUAAUGUCAUCUGAGACCCAUCAACAUCACCUUCACUAUUCCCAUCUCAACAAUCAGUUUUUGUCUUCACAUACUUCUUCAAGACCUCCUGGAAUUGGUCUUUCACCCCAAGACAACGCUACUCCAUUGCUUUUGGACUCUGGAGGUUCCUGUUCCCUGACUAACGCAGACUACAGGAGUGCUUAUGGGCUGAAAGAGGAGGUUGAUGAGCAUGCUUUCUUCUCAGAACACUCUGGUUCUAUGAGAAACUUAUCUGGUUCAUCAUUGGAUAAUGCUUGGCAAUUCACUCCACUCACAAUGAGCUCAUCGUCUACUACAUCUUCUUCAAACCAGAGGAGUUCGUCUAGUUUACAUAACGAAUACUCUUACUUGCAGCUUCAUAGCUUAAGUGAUCGUGAUCAUGAUCAUGAUGCCCCAAAACAACAAAAGCAGUAUCAACAAAGUUAUCUUCUGGGAACUGAUAUGAAAGGUCUCUUACCUACGAAAAUUGAAAGAGAAGAAGAGCCCCAGAAGAUUUUUCAUCGUUUCUUUGACGAAUGGCCGCCAAAAAACAAAGAUUCAUGGCUAAACUUGGAUGAUAAGUCACCAAAUAGCACAUCAGUAUCAACAACCAGACUCUCAAUCUCUAUUCCCUCCUCUUCACAUGAAUUCCCCAUCUUCAAUUCAAGAACACAUAAUGAUGUUUGAGUUUUCAGCUGUGGGGGUUCUCUAUAAACGUCCAAGAAUGUACUUGCUUGGUGGGGUAGCUUCUUUUUGUUAGUUUUAAAGAACUAUUUUUUAUAUUUGUUGUUUUUUUCUAAGCAAAAUGUGGUUGGGAUUGAAUGUGUAUGUUUAAUGAAGUAUCCAAUGUACUCUACUUUCUCA